AUGCCUCCAACUGCUGCAGAGUACGCCGCCAGACAGGAGAUCCCCGUCGCUCAAGUUCAGUCUCGUGCUCCACGUCCAACCAUCGUUGGCCCCGACACUCUCGAGCAGCCCUUUCCAAUAUACUUGGUUGGCCCUGUCCAGAAGGGCUUUGGUCGUGGCGGAAAGGAUCUCGGUUGUCCCACCGCAAAUCUACCCGACGACUCAAUCACACCAAUAAGUUCAGUCGCAAAGACCGGUGUAUACUACGGCUAUGCUCAGGUUCUUCCUCCUCAAGACCACUUGAGUGAUUUCCACAAUGCCGAUCUCAAAGUCUUGCCCAUGGUCAUGAGCCUAGGAUGGAACCCAUUUUACAAGAACAAGGUGCUCACUGCUGAAAUUCACAUCAUGCACAACUUCAAGUCCGACUUCUACGGCUAUGAAAUGAGAGCCGUCGUGUUGGGCUAUAUUCGCCCAGAGCUCGACUACAUAUCAAGAGAGGCGUUGAUCGAGGAUAUCGAAAUUGACAAACAGGUCGCUCUCAACUGCCUACAACGACCGGCAUACCAGAUAUACGCCAACGAUAGCCAUUUCCAAAUACCAGAGUCAGAGUUCAAGGCGAGCAUGUAG